AUGUGCGCCCGCCCCGGGGAGGCCCCAGGCUGGAGGGCGGGGGAGGAGGAAGGGCGGGUAAAGGGCGCGCGCGACCGCGAGAGCGGGCACGCGCUGCAGUCUCCUCCUCCCUCCUCCCCCACCCCCCCCUCCGGUUCCCCCCGCCUCCGCAACCCGGCGGGGACCCGGACGCCGCGCAGCCGCCGCCAGCCCCGGAGCGCAGCGGCCGCACCGCCCCCGGGGACCGGAUCUGGAUUCCCGCCGCCCCCUCUUGGGCCCCCGCAGCGGCCCCGGCCUGGCUGGGCGAUCGAGCAGCCGGAGAGAAGCGGCCUAGCCUGCUUCCCGCCCCCGAGCCACCCACCCGGGCCAGAGGCGCCACCACCGCCCAGCCACCCCGACGCGCACGGAGGAGCCCGGCGCAGAGGCGCGACCGCGGCGGGAACCACCGCCUCCUCCCCCGAGCCUGCGGCCCAGCCCCGCCGGCGCCCCCGCCCCGGCCUCCGGGGAGCUGAGCCAAGGAGAGGGCGGGAGGACGGCGGCCGGGAGGCGGGGGCGCAGCACUCGCCGGCCCCGCCGCCCCCUCCGGCGGCCGCCGAGAACUGCGCCAGCCCGCUCGGAGAAGCGCGGGCUACUCCGCCUGCGGCUGAUUCUCCACUUGGGCCUCGCUUCCUGCCUUCCCCUCCCCCGGCUCUCAGCGUCCUCAGUGCCCUGACCCUCUCCCGCCCAGUCCCUUGCCUACAGGUCGCCUCGGGUCCCCUCCGGGCGUCCACCGCACCCGCGGUUCGCUCUCCGCCGCCCGGCCCCGCGCGCGUCCUCAGCCGCCUCGGUUACCCGGCGCAGCGCGGCCUCCGGGCUUCCCGCUCCGGCGGCUCCCUCCCCGGCUCUGAGCGGCGGCGCCCUCCCCCGCUCAGUCGGGCACAGCCGCAGCUCCCUCCCGCGGCGGCAGCGGCUCCUCCUCCGGGCGCGGCUGCUGCUGCUGUGGCGGCGCCGGCUGUGGCUGCUGCCUGCUGCUCCUCGCGGCGAAAAGCACAAAGCACAGCGCCCUCCGCCUGCAGGCAGCCCGCCCGCCGCCCGCCCGCCCGUCGGCCCCGGCCUCAGCUCGCACACCCCCCGCCGCCGCAACAGCCUCCGCCGCCGGAGCGGGGAGGAGGAGGGAGGAGGAGCGGGAGGGGGGGCGGGAGAAGCGGGGCAGCGAGCGCGUCCUUCCCCGUAGAGCGCACACCGACCCCCGGGGAGUGA